UCGCGCUUCGCCAGUUGUGGCGAGAAACCUCUGUCGGCGGGACUUCCGUGUUGGCGGGAUUCUGAACGCUGCCAUGGCUCAGUCUGUGCAGAACGUUACGUUGUCUCUCACUCUGCCCAUCACGUGCCACAUUUGCUUGGGGAAGGUACGCCAACCUGUUAUAUGCAUCAACAACCAUGUAUUUUGCUCUGUUUGUAUUGAUUUGUGGUUGAAGAAUAAUAGCCAGUGUCCAGCUUGUAGAGUCCCCAUCACUCCUGAAAAUCCUUGCAAAGAGAUUAUAGGAGGAACAAGUGAAAGUGAACCUAUGCUAAGCCACACAGUCAGGAAGCACCUUCGGAAAACUAGACUUGAGUUACUUCAUAAAGAAUAUGAGGAUGAAAUAGAUUGUUUGCAGAGAGAGGUAGAAGAGCUUAAAAGUAAAAACCUCAGCUUGGAGUCACAAAUCAAGUCUAUUCUGGAUCCUUUAACCUUGAUGCAAGGCAACCAAAAUGAAGACAAACAUCCAGUUGCAGAUAAUUCAAAUAAAAUUGACUUAGAAACUGUAGAAGAAUGGAAGAAAAAACUCAGAACAGCUAAUGAAAUUUAUGAGAAAGUAAAAGAUGAUGUGGAUAAAUUAAAAGAAGCAAAUAAAAAACUGAAAUUGGAAAACAGUGGCCUGGUGAGGGAGAAUUUACGACUGAAGGCUGAAGUUGAUAACAGAUCACCCCAGAAAUUUGGAAGGUUUACAGUUGCUGCUCUUCAGUCCAAAGUAGAACAGUAUGAACGUGAAACGAGUCGCCUCAAGAAAGCCCUUGAACGAAGUGAUAAGUAUAUAGAGGAACUAGAAUCUCAAGUUGCACAACUAAACAAUUCAAGUGAAGAGAAGGAAACUGUGGAGGCCAGUUGCCAGAGAGCACUUUCUGCAGAUAGUAAGGCGGGUAGUGAGGAAGAUGUGGCAUCAAACAAUCAGGGCGACAGUGCCAGAAAGCAGCCUAGCUCAUCCACCUCCAGUUCUUCUAACCUGGCAAAACUUUCCAGCAGCAGGCUCUCUGACACCAACACUGCAAGACAGCAAAGCACCAGCAAAACAGAACCAAACUGUCCUAAGAACAAAGAGCUAUAUCAAAAACCGGUAGAAAUAAUGUUAGAUGUGACAGAUACAAGUAUGGAUACUUAUAUGGAAGGAGAGUGGGGUAAGAAGCCAAAUAAUUGUGUACCCUACAAAGAUGAAGAGCUUUAUGAUCUUCCAGCUCCUUGUACUCAUUUAUCCCUUAGUUGCCUUCAGUUAAAUACUCCAGAAAAUAGAGAGAGCUCUGUGGUCAAAGUAGGAAGUUCCAAAAAGCACUCAAAUCACCUCAGAAAAUUGGUGUUUGAUGAUUUUUGUGAUUCUCCAAAUGUUUGUAAUAAAGAUUGUUCAGAAGCUGAUAUAAGUGGAAAUGAAAAUGAAAAGAAACCAGAAUGUUUUGCUUCUCCAAAGACAGGAUUUUGGGAUUGUUGUUCUACAAGCUAUGCCCAAAGUUUGGAUUUUGAAAAUUCAGAGGGGAACAUAAUAGCAAACUCUGUUGGAGAAAUAUCUCCAAAAUUGAGUGAGAAGUCAAGCUCAUGUUUGUCCAAGAGAUUGAAUUCUAUUCGUUCUUUUGAAAUGAACCGGACAAGAACAUCUAGCGAAGCAUCAAUGGACGCUGCCUACCUUGACAAAAUCUCUGAAUUGGAUUCAAUGAUGUCAGAGUCGGACAACAGCAAGAGCCCUUGUAAUAAUGGUUUUAAGUUAGUGGAUUUGGAUGGGUUAUCAAAGUCAUCUCAAGGCAAUGAAUUUCUUGAGGAACCUGUUAAAUUGGAAGAAAGAACUGAGCUUAAGCUGCCCAAAGGUUCUCUAACUGCUGAUCAGUUAGAAAAUGGAAAUGAUUGGAAACCCACUUCCUUUUUUCUCCUUUCUCCAUCUGACCAAGAAAUGAAUGAAGAGUUUUCACUCCACCCCACUUCUAACCCAGAAACAAAUGAAAUCAAACCCCCAAGCUGUUUGUUUCAGACAGAGUUUUCCCAGGGUGUUUUGUUAAGCAGUUCACAUCAGUUAUUUGAAGAUCAAAGGUUUGGGUCAUCUUUGUUUAAGAUGUCCUCAGAGAUGCACAGUCUUCAUAACCAUCUUCAGUCUCCUUGGUCUGCUUCCUUUGUGCCUGAAAAGAGGAAUAAAAAUGUGAAUCAAUCAACAAAAAGAAAAAUCCACAGCAGCCUUUCCAAUGCCAGCCCGUCAAAAGCAACUAAAAGUUGACUUAUUAGGAAGUUGUCAUUUGUGUUUUGUCCUGAAAAGAAUAUAAAAGUUUCUAAAGUUACUUUUUUCCUUUCAUAAAUACAAUUUGAAUUGAUAAUCUUUAGUCAAAUGUCAAGUCAGAAUAGUGGAUUCAUCUAUGUCUCCACUGAAUCUUUUUACAUCAUUUAGAAAAGACUUUUUGAUCUUUGUAUUUGGGGAUCUUUCUGAGCGAAGGAGGAAUGGAGAGAGUUGUUUGUUUAAUGAAUACAUGUGUCUGGGCUGGAUGUGUUUUGUUUCUUGAAUCUUGUUUUUGUUUUUGUUUUUUUCAGUACCAGGGAUUGAACUCAGCACCUUGUGCUUGUGAGGCAGGUGGAUACCACUGAGCUAAAUCCCGGCCCUCUUGAAUUACCAGAUACUGCUAAUGAGGCUUAGUUAUCUUCAAAACUUGGGUUACUUAAAUGAAACUUUUAAUAUUGUCUUUGCACUGAUCAUAAGACACUUGAUUCUUUAAUGCUUUUUCCAAGAGUGGAAAUUAUUUUGUAUGCCCCUUUUUAUUUAUGUUUAGUGAUGGCCUGAUUUUAUAAAAGGCUGUGGUGGAGAAAUAGCACUCUGACCUUAGUCCAAUAUUCAUUUACUUUUUCUUUAGGUUUUAUGUAUAUGUUUGUAUUUUUUUUAACAAGUGACUUGUCCAGAUUUGUGAAAAUGUUAUGUUACUAUGGAAGAAUACAUUUUUCUGUAUAAAAAUAUUUGUUUUAUAUCAGGCAAUUUACAUUUGUGUUUUCAUUUUAUGUCAGGAAGUUUAUAUUUGCAAACUCAUCUUAUAUCAGGUAGCUUAUAUUUGCUUUCUUUUUGCGUGUAAAAUCAGAAAUUGACUAUACUUUGGAAGAUAUGGAGCAGAUGGGUUUGUUGAAAGAGCUUAAACAUCAUAGUUUCACUGUUUCGGAUAUAUAUGUGCAAAAGCAUCUUUGCCAAAUUCUUCAUCCAUAUAUAUCCCAGGGAGGUGCUUUUAAGUGAUAAAGUUCUUAUUUGCAUGUGACUGUUCUUUGUGGAAACAGAAUGCAUGAUAACAUUUUUGCUAUUCUAUUUUCCAUAAAAAUGAAAAAGAAAGUUUCACUUGGCUAAUAGACAUCUUUUAUGUAGGACAUUUGUUUUUCUUAAAGAGUAUUGAGGGGAUGAGGAUAGGUAAAAACUAAGCACAAUUUGUAAAUUUAAGAUCUGAAAAAGCAUAUUAUUCUAAACAUGUUUGGUGUGCCUAUGAGGCCUUUAAAAGUGGGGUUUGUAUGCUAAUAACUUGUUUAUCUAAUGUGCACUAACCCUUUUACAUUAAUACCAUAUUGUUUUACAUUAACGCAUGCUUUUUAUGUGAAUUGAAUAAAGGAUGUCAU